CCAGUCAGUCGGCCUCGAUGACGGAAUGUGUGAAAUUUUUAAGAUGGUGAUGAACAGUGUUUUUGAUAUUGUAGCGAAAAAAUCCACUGCAAGUUUUCUGUUUCGUUACUGAAACAAGCAGAAUGUGUGUAAUUUUGUGAUUAAGUGAUCGUAAUGUUUUUUUCUUUAGUGUAAUGGACCUGAAGAGUCUAACGUGAGCUGUCUGAUCAUUGACAUUGUUUCGGAAAAAAAUCUUGAGUCCAUCGCGAUUGUUAUGUUUAUACUCAUAUCGUGUGCAUUUAUAGUGGAUAGUAAAUGGUUUAAGCAAUUCUGAUGUUUUCGAAGUCAUGGAGAGGCAGGAGCGAACACAUGCCAACAUGGAGGCUACGGACUCGGUGGACACAAAACAGUCGAAGCAGCGCGCAUCGAUCAAAUGGCUGCUCUCGAAGGCGUUCAACAACAGGGUCCCGGAUAACCUGCAGGAGCCCUUUUACAGGGACCAUGAGGACCAGGAACACCUCAAGCCACCUAUAGUCGGGGGUCUCGCCAACGCCGAGAUCUACUGUCUGGCGUUAGCGAACAUGUACUCAGACCCCAACUACCACAGCCUCAACCACUGGAACAUUCUACAGACCCUCGCGAGGAAAGGCGUACAUGUGCCGGAUCCGCCUGACUGCGCGCUCACGGAGACAGUGUUGCUUCAGAACAAUCCGCUCAAAAUGACUGCACACAUGUCGGUGAUAGAAGCUUUAAUGGUGCUGUACGCGCGAGAAGUGGUCACGCUGGACAGGGUGUCAGCAGCAGCGCAGAGAUUCGGCACCAGUCAACCCUUAAAUAAUUCCAAUGUUCCACAUGAAGAUGGCCUACUCUGCUGGAUAAACGCAGCGUGUGCGGCGCUUAAUAAAGCUGAGGAAGACCCGUCAUCACAAGUCCCCAUGGUGAAGAACCUUCAAGAGCUCUGCGACGGCACGGCGCUCGCAGCGCUCAUCUCCUUCUACUGUCCCGACGCGUUACCUCGGUCCGCCGUUCGCGUCGGCCGAAUGGCGUCCAUACAAGACUGUCUGCAUAAUCUAAUGCUGGUGCAUGACUUUUGUCAGACGUGUCUACCACACAAUGUCUUUCAUAUGCUUCCGGAGGACGUCACAUACAUGCGCGGAUCAAUGCGACAAAACUUAAUAGCAAUGCUAGCUGAUCUCUUCAACAUGCUAGAAGUGCACCCAGUGAAAUCUGUCAAGUACCCCGGCGUCGCGCGCGCGGACAGCAACGCGCACGGCGUGCGGCACAAGCGCGGCCUGCCGCCGCCGCCGCCUGUGCCUAUCCCCGACCUGCGCGCCGACUCCGCGGCGCUGGCGCCCUUCACAGUUCCGCGUUCUCCCUCCGCCUGCGGUAUGCGGCCGCGCGUACCUACGGGCCGCUCAGCUUGCUCCACACCAGAGCGAAGGAGUUGCAGUCCGCAAAGAGAAGAAUUUGUGGUGCAUAGAGGGAGAGGGGUGACUACCCUAUCGUCUAUCGCGAGGAGGGAAGACGAUAAUAUCGUGGACCCAAACCAAACCGCCGCCGGUCGUCCGUCCAACUACCAAACACAGAACUCGUUCGCUGGCCGACGCUCACGGCGGUCUUCUAUCACGGACGACAGUCAACUCACAGUCGAGAACUUUGGGGGGUCUCAAGACCGGUUGCAUUUCGCUGGUAGGAAUCCGGAGAAAGAGUUGGCGACAGUGGCUAAUGUUAGGAAGAUAUCUGCCCCGGCUGGUCCUCUAGACAGCUACAACCCUCCCCUUCGGUCUUCACGACAAGACAUUCGAGGCUCAAUCAACCUCUUCCACGGCGAUUAUAAUGGGGACAGUGAACCUGAACGGCCUAUGAGGAGGCAGCUCAGCUCUGAUACUAUCAACAGCAACCACUUCAGUAAUAAAGGCGGUGGCGACGGUUUCUACCUAAACCGAGAUUCGACCGACGGCGACAUGACCAAAACCAGUUUCGCGGACCUCAAAUACAGGAACGGGGACCAAGGUGUGGAGGAGACGGAGCGGCGCAAGAGCACGUCUUUCAGCACGCCACCACCCGCCACGACCACGUGGCAGCAGCAGUUCCUCGCGCAGGACUCACAGCCCAACGGUGACGACCAAUCAGACGACGGCUCCCCAAGCGGCGGCCAAGCCAUGGCGGCUCAACUAAACAACAUCCGUCUAAAGCUAGAAGAGAAGAGAAGACGAAUAGAGCAGGAGAAGAGAAGAAUGGAGGUCGCCGUCAGUAGACAAAGGCAGCAGUUGGGGCAGCAGGCGUUUCUCCAGGCUGUUACUAGGGGUAAGGGCGCGCGGACGCCGGCCGGGGACGAGCGGCCAGAAGAAAAACAACAGGACAUGGAUGCGCCGAGCCAAACAGUGGACACCGUAGCGUUAGAACAGUACCAGCAGUCCAUAGCCAAAAUGAACUCCAGCCUGCAGGAUAUACAGAGCGACAUCGCGCGGCUCGCCACGCAACAGAACCAGAUACAACAACAACAGCAGCAACAACAGACGCAACAGUUACAGCAACAACAACAGCAGUUGCAACAACAGUUGCAGCAACAGUUACAGCAGCAACAACAACAACAGUUGCAACAGCAGCAGGCGAAGCAGCUGUUCCAGCCGCCGCAGCCGCAGUCGCCUUUCCAGCAGUAUCCGCCUAACAUUCCACAAUUGCACAGCCAAUUCAGCUCACAGCACAACGUGUCCCGCCCCGCGCUCAACGCCUUCGGCUCAACACCACAUCUGCCGAGGGACUUCUACCCGCAGCCCUUCGAAAACUUCGAAUACCAGCCCAACCAGUACAGAGAUAUGGAGGAUUAUGGGAGGUUUUAUCUGCAUGAGAGCCCGCCUCAGCCGCAGAGGCGGACGUGGGCUCAACACGCGCAACAGCAGCAGGAGAAUGAGCUGAGAGGCUGGCAGCUUCACCAGCAGCAGCAGAACCACCAGCAGCACCAAUACGAGCCUCAACACACCCCUCCCCCGCGCACGUGGAAGUCGCCCUCCCCCGCGCCCUCGGAGCGCAGCUGGGCGCCGCAGGGCUUCGUGCUGCACGAGCGGAGUCCCCCCGCCCCCGCCCCCGCGCCCGCGCCCGCGCAGCCCUUCCACGUGCACUACUCCGAGCGGCAGAACGGCACCGAGCACAACCACCUCAGCUACACUGUGAUACCCAACCAGCACCAAUACUCUCAAUCGCCGCCGCUAGCCACUAGUCCGCGCCGCUCAAAAACCCCGCAACGGCAAGGCUCGCUUCCAGAAGUGUCUAGAAGGCCCGAGCCCGUCAGCCUACAGCAACUGGGCGCCCCCAGCCCUGCACCGGACGAUAUGGAGCCACAGAACAUCUCUUUCAUAGGCAACGCGGAGGACGACGCUCUCCGACAAGGCAUCAACCGCCUCAACAUCACCUCCGGCACGCGCACCUACCGCAUCCCCUCCCCCACGCGGCCCUCCCUCAACCGCAACUCCUUCCAGCAAGAAGAGGAAGCGAACGAGAAAGGCUUCUACAUCUCCUUCGACAACGAAGCGCCGAAGCGGCCGAAGCCGCCGUUGCGGGUGAAGCGCAUGUCGCCUAAGAAGGAAAGGACCGAGUACCAGAGUCCGGAGCGGGGCAGCCCUGACGCGUGGGAGCCGCAGGAGUUUGUCGUGCACCGGGCAGAGAUACGUGCCUCGCCGGCGGCGGCGCGGGAGGAAAGACAGGAGGCUUCCGCGGACGUCUCCCGCGAGACACCGCGCGAGAGGCCGCUGCGGCCCGGUGCAGAGCCCGCCGCGCUCGUCAUCGGCGAGCUCAACCCGGACCCGAACUCAGCAGAAGAAAUGGAGCGAAAGAAAGAGCGAAUCAUGCUUCUCUCUCUCCAACGGCGGCAGCGCGCCGACGAAGCCCGAGCGCGAGCCGAACAAGCCGCGGCUGCGAGACGCGCGAGGGACGAACAGGUGGCGGAGCAGCGCGCGGCGCGGAAAGAGGAGCAAGCGAGGCGGCGAGAAGCUAUCCUGCAGCAGUACAAGCUCAAGAAGGCCAUCGAGGAGGCCGAGAGAGAGGGCAAAGUCCUCGACAAGUCAGAGUUUAUGGAUCUCGCGCGGCCCGCGGCCGCCGCGCCGCCCGCGCGCAUGCGCGGCAAGCAGCCCCCGCGCGCGCGCCCCAAGACCAUCCACGUGGACAGCGGAGCCCUGCAGCAGGCUGAAGGCAUGCUGGGCAGCAAGCAGCCCUCCUCCACCAACCUCACCGGCACGAUGCGACGGGAUUACUACCGCGGCUCACAGGACAGUCUGGCGGAGCGCGCCGGCCUCUACAGAGACUCGCCCGUGGAGGAGCGCGGCGGCGGCGGCGUGUCGCCCGCCAGCGCCAGCGGCCCGCUCGGCCGCCGCGGCAGCUGCAAGACCUCGCGAGAGCGCGUCAAUGAGGAACCACAGUCGGCCCGUGGAAGGUCUAAAUAUUCCACUUACCAGAAUAACUUUAAGGCGGGACGGAAGUCUAGCUCUCUAAUGAACUUGUGCGACUCGGGGCUGGGCCGCGCCACUCCCCCGCGGCGCGCCGCGUCGCCCGGGCUGCGCGCGCUCACGUCGCCCGCCGGCUCGGGCCCCGGCUCGCUGCCCGGCGCCAUCGGCAAGCGCCGCCAGCACGCCGACGACGCCUCCGACGUCUCCUCCACGCACUCCUCCAUUAUGGACUAUUCGGGUCCCCGGCUGUACAAGCAGCCGGCAACCAAGUCCAACCGCGGCAUAAUGCUGAACGCCGUCGAAUACUGCGUGUUCCCCGGCGCCGUCAACGCCGAGGCCAAGCGGCGCGUCCUCGAAGAGAUCGCGCGCUCCGAGGCCAAACACUUCCUAGUGCUGUUCAGAGACGCCGGGUGCCAGUUUAGAGCGUUGUACUCCUACUGUCCUGACACGGAACAUGUCACGAAGCUUUAUGGCACGGGGCCGAAGAAUGUUAAUGAUAGGAUGUUUGAUAAAUUUUUCAAAUACAACUCGGGCAGCAAAUGCUUCUCGCAGGUUCACACGAAGCACCUGACGGUGACGAUCGACGCGUUCACGAUACACAACUCGCUGUGGCAGGGCAAGAAGGUGCAGCUGCCCAGCAAGAAGGACAUGGCUCUCGUCAUAUAGGCGGUAGGCGCUCUAGUCGCGAGCAAAGGGGGCUGUAGUGUGAGAAUGUUGGCGCAGAUAUCGGCAAGGGCCGAGAAUGAUAGGACGAAAUAAUAUGAUUUCUUUAUUUGUGACUUUUUAAACCUAAGAAACGUCAAGUUUUAAUGAUUAAUGGAUCACGUUAGCUCCUUUAGAUAUUGACGAAAUUACUUAUAUAGCUAUGUGAAGUAGGUUUUUAUACUACUAACAGUGUUUGCAAUAAUAGCAAAAGUGUCUCUGACAGAAUUUAGAUUGAUUUUUGUGAUACUGAACGAUUAUAACACUCAUCUAGUGAUUAGUUUCUUCAAGUCCCUUUUGUCAGUUUGGGUGUGUUUAAAAAUAUGAUUGAAGAACAUCGGGAUUUACUUACUUCGUAGAUUUCAAAGUGACUUUAAACAUACUAUCAUAGAAUCCAUUGUUUGACGCGAAAGGCAUACGGGGUUAUAAACUAAUUUUAUCAUUUGGGAUCCCCUAAAAAUUUAAAUUCGAUCUGCCCUUUACGAUGUCUGCCAAAGUGUGUAACUACAGUCCCUGAGUUGUGCUCAGUCGCGCCUGUGUCAUAUGUACAGUAGUGGAGGACGAAGCUCGAAUCGGAUUAGGUUAAUGUCGAUUGGUUUCGCGGUGCGAGUCGGUUCACGUGGUUACGCAGGCUAUACCGAAGGAAUGGGAUUUAGAUAAUAUUAGGGCAUUUUACGUAAUAAAAACGCAAAUUUUAUAAACAUUUGCAUUAUUUGUAUUUCCAGACUGAAAAUAACAUCGUACAAAAAAAGUCUGCAUACAUUUUUAUCUCUAGAGACAUAAGUGUGUCAGAUUUUUUGUGCGAUGUUAUUGCCGGUACAAGUUAAUUUUUCUGUAACAAAGGAUCAAAUUGUUGCUUAGAAAAUCGUUGCAUAGCAAAAUACAUUGAAUGCUUUUACUUUUUGUAUAUAAAUACGUAAAAGCAAAUGCCUCUCUGUGAUUCAAAAAUCUUCAAGAUGGCCUAGAACUGUGUACCUAAUGGAUAAGAAGAUUAUGUUUAAAAAGAAAUCAUGUCAUGUGAAUUAAAGAGAUUACUUUUAUUGUGUAGUCAAUAACUUGUUUUAUAAAAUGUAAAUGGAAUAAAUUUAAAUAUAUGUAUAUCACUUAGUCCUGAAAUUAAUGGUCGAGGCGGGACCUCUUGCUAAAAUGUUAUUUUUGUAGUAUUUUAAAAGUCUAAAUCCUAUUCCUUUGGCUCAGAAUGCCGGAUCACGUUUCACCUUAGUUGAAUAGGCCGUCGCGAACAAGGUUAGUUGGGGUAAGAAAAACACCGGACAAGAAAAUAAAUAAUCCUUAUUUUCUCUUGUCACUGCAUAAAUGUUGUUUUUCAUCCCACAUGACCUAAGGUCACUCUUAUGGACACAUGUUUUUACUUAUUCCACUGCAAUAAGACGCACAAAUGUGUACAUAUCAGUGACCUGUGGCCCAUUUCUCAAAGAUUAAAGUUACAGGCGGAAGUCUCUUCAACUUGUCAUAUCCAAGACUACCACUUGUAAUUUGUAACUUGAGUAAUGUGCCACUGCACGCGGCGGGUGUCGCUAGCGACGCAGCUGUAUAGACGAGACGUUUGCCAUAUGUAUUAGUGAGAGUCGAUAUUUCCACAUUGUCACAAACAGCCAAACUGUCGAUCGUGUAGGUUCCAACUGUCCCCUAUCUAGAAUAACAAAUUCACAAACUAAUAUCGCUUAUUUGUUAUAAUAUUGUAACUCGUUAGUAAUUAUUUCAAUUUGACUGGAUUAAGAUUAGAUCAUUAUGUAUUUGUUUAGUGACGUUCGUUCGAUUCCCAUUUUUUUACCGCUUGUAUAGCUAAAGUAAGAGGCGCUUACGGCGUUACGUACUGCCUUACCUGUAAAUAAUUGUUUUGUAUACAGCUAUUUAUUAAAAUAAUGUUAAACGAAAAUUGAUGAAUAUCAUUCUUUCAUUGUUUAAUGAUUGGUCAUCAAUAAAUAUACUACCGAUAGUAUAUUAUGGUAUGCAAAUAUAUUGUAUUAAUACAAAAACAUAACGAAUAAUAUUGAAUUUCAUAUUA